AGUUGUAGACAUGGCAGCGCUGAGACAGGAGCAUCGGUAUGGGCUCUCCUGUGCAAAAAUCAACAAAAACGUUCCAAAUAAAACUCUGUAUCACGUCAAGCUAACUGAUACCGCCAUUCGAACGCUUGAAGCCUAUCAAAAUCUUAAGGGAUCCUUACCAAAUCAGCCAGCAAUUUGCUUCAAGGGGAGCCAGGGGGCAGUGUCAGAGGAAGGACCUAAAAAUUGUCAAAGACUCAAGCCUCCCAAGUCAUAGACUGUUCUCUCUGCUACUGCACUGCAAGCAGUACCGAUGCACCAAGCCUGGAACCAACAGGACCCUGAACAGCUUCUUCCCCCAAGCCAUAAGUUAAUUAAAUAGUUAACCAAAUAGCUACCUGGACUAUCUGCAUUUACCCUUUUUGCACAAACUUUGUUUGACUCUUAACAUACACUGCUACUACUGUUUACUAUCAAUCCUGUUGUCUAGUCACUUUAUUCCUAUUUAUAUGUACACAUAUACCUGAAUUACCUCAUACUCUUGCACGUCAACUCAGUACUGGUACCUUGUGUAUACAGCCAAUUUAUCGUUACUCACUGUGUAUUUAUUAUCACUUUUAUUAUUACGUGUUUUACUUUUCUAUUCCUCUUUUUUCUUUCUCUGUAUUGUUGGGAAGGGCCGUAAGUAAGCAUUUCACUGUUAGUCUACACCUGUUGUUUAAGAGCAUGUGAUGAAUAAAAUUUAAUUU